AUGAAAGUCACUAUGGGAUUGAACGUUGGCCGCAGAAGAGUUUUAUUAUACUCCGUGCUCUUUUUGACUCUUUUAGGAUUAAUAUGGACGGUACGGGAUGCCGGAUUGGAUGGUAAUAAGGUUGUUGAUCGGGUACAAGGGGUCUAUAGGUCCAGGCUACCUAUAUCUAACUUUGCUACUAACGAGACAUUGGUCAUAUUCCCCCGUGGGUUCGAAUUGAGAGCAUCGAGAGAUUUGACUAACUAUUACAGAAAACAUUUCAAUCCUGAUAAAAACAGGGAGUUUAAUUCUGUCACAUUUAAUGGACCCCCUUCGCCGUUGACAGAGGCUGUAAAGCAUAUCGACUACCAUAACCAUGAAAUCUCUAUGUAUGACACAACGAAGGAUAUUUCAAGUGACUUAAAUAAGUGCGAGCCUGAUAUUAAUGCCAAAUUCAAAGUUGAUAUAGGCAGAGCUAGAAAGCAUGAUGAUUCUCUCACUAAGGUUGUAAAGAGGUUAGCCUACCAAUUGGAAAACGACGAUGCUAUGAGAGAACUCGGGAGUUUUUUCAAAGGUGACUUGACAAAACAAAUAGAGGAAGAAACGGUAGAUCAACACUGGUAUAAGUUUGCGGGUACAUCAGUAUGGUUGCAACAAUACGGUGUACAUUUUAUGAUUUCCAGAAUGUUGUACAGUCCUACGGGGAAAAAGAAUGAUCCUGUUAUGAGUUUGAUAUUUGCUCAGAUAUACAAUGAAAGGUGGGAAGAAUUAGAUGAUGUCGAGUUAAUUAUACCUACUGUAAACCCAAUUACCAACGAAAAAAUCUAUGCGAGCUUACAAUUCCCUAGCUUCUUGCCUAUUCCAUUUUAUCAUCAAUCUUCAUAUGUAAAUAAAAGAUGGUACGGACCUGAAGAUGCUCGUAUCUUACUCGUUAAAAAUGACGAUGGCUUAGAAGAACCAUUGAUAGUAUUUAAUGCUUACCAUCGUAAAGUAAACAAACAAGAAAAUAUCAAUGAAGCAGCUUCAAAAGUAUCACAUGAAUUCUACAGGUCUAUGUUUAUGGGAUGGCCAUUCAGAUUUCAACACGGCAAAGAAAAUGUUGAUGGUAUUUCGAAUGCUGCCACCGACGACAAAAUAUAUAACAAAGUCAUCGAAUUGAGGAGAGAAGGUGCUGAAAGAUUGAAAGUCCAAAAAAAUUGGACGCCUUUUAUUAGUGUGAAGGAUCGUGUUGACGAAGGUCCUGAUGACAGCAUUUAUUUUGUUUAUAGAUGGCAGAACUUGGAAAUCUUGAAAUGCCAGUUGACUGAUUUUACCCACGACUAUGCCAAAUGCAAAUUCGAAUACAAGCGGAACGAGAAGCUACUGCCGGACGAACCUGUCGGUGCUUUGAGAGGUGGUACCGAAAUGAUUAGUUUAAAUAAAAUAUUACCGUCCAUUAAUGCAAAUCUUCAUCCAAACAAGGAAGUGUGGAUUGGUUUCGCAAGGGCCCAUCUUGUGCGCUGCGGUUGUGGUAAGGAUAUGUAUCGCCCUAAUUUAGCAGUCAUUACUAGAGAAGAUAAUAAAUUCAAGAUUUCCCAGUUGAGUUCGUUUUUUUCAUUAGAUAUAGAUGUUAAUGGAUGGUCCAACCCUGAUGUGCUAUGCCAUCCCAAGGAACCAAAUGCAUUAAUUCCAAACGGUAUCUCUAAUUGGGAUGUUUCUACUAUCAAGUUAGGUAAAAAGUACGUUACUGAGGACUUCCUUACAUUGUCACUAUCGGUCGCGGAUGCUACUGUGCAUACUAUUCAAAUCAAAAAUUUGUUGCAGAAUGUUCUCUCUGAUACUUCUGCCCUUUCUCACAACCAAACGUUAGGCUACACUAAUGAUGUUGUUGAAUGUUCUCUUAAAACUUCCAACCAAUUCUGCAAUACAUAUGGCCAAGAACAACUCAAACUUGGGAAAGUUCCAGUUUAG